UGGAAGUCUUUGAAGUCUUUAACUCAAAACAGUACUUUUGCUUUGCUACUUUCGGUCGGAUCUUUCUGGCGUUUAGGAAAUUCCCAGUGCCAAAUCUUCCUCAUCUUCUCUUCCUAGCACUAUCCGAAACAGGGCGCAUUUCUCACCUGGCACAGCCAAAUCCCGUCUCGCCUCUGCUGUCAAGUGCGCCUUCCUCCUCUUAUCAUCAAAACAAAAAUUAAUCCAGGGGAGGGAAGAGGAAAAAGAGAAGAGAUAGGAAGACGGGCAGAGAAAGAGAGGCAUGGGAGAUCUCUUUAUAUGGCUUAUUUCUUUCUUUAUCCUCAUUGCCCUUCUCGUUAUCCUUGUUUAUCAGCUCAUGUGCCUGGCUGAUCUAGAGUUUGAUUACAUCAAUCCUUAUGACUCUUCAUCAAGGAUAAACAAAGUGGUCUUGCCGGAAUAUGUCCUGCAAGGAUUUUUAUGCUUAUUCUAUCUGUUAACGGGGCAUUGGGUCAUGUCACUCUUAUGUGCUCCAUAUUUAUACUACAAUGUGAGACUUUACACACGGAAACAGCACCUGGUGGAUGUCACGGAGAUAUUUAACUUGCUCCAUUGGGAGAAGAAGCAACGCCUAUUUAAACUCGCCUACCUCGUUGUUCUCCUCUUCUUCGCCAUAUUCUGGAUGAUCUGGUCCGCAUUAGAAGAUGUAGAAGAGUAAUGGGAGACAAUGGCCUUUUGAACUUGAAGGAUUUGUUGCUCUAAACUGCUAGCGUGCAUCGGCCAUUCACACCGCUCUUUUUCAAUCUUUUUUCAGCUUUGUGUCUGUUGUAACUGAUAUAUUAUAGCAUAAAUUUCAAGGUUGUAUGAUUGUGAGAAUUUCAGUUGAUUUUUAGUGAAAUAUAUUUUUCAGGCA